AUGAACCGGCUGGCCAGCGUGCCCGAGCUGCAGCGGACCAUGCAGGAGAUGCGCGUGGAGAUGGCCCGAGCGGAGGUGGUGGACGAUAUGAUGGAGGAGUUCUACGAGGAGUCCGACGACGAGCGCGAGAUAGAUGCGGAGGUGCAGAAGGUCAUGGACGAGCUCGUGCUCGACCGCUCCCAGCUGAUGGCCGGCGCCUCCGCAGGUGGGGGCAUGCGCCACGCAGGAUUGCCCAGCGCCCCAGUGGCGGCGCCGCCACCUGCGCACCCGCACCAGAUUGUCGGCGCGGGGGACCCGUUCCAGGACCGCGGAUGCAGGCAUUGCAGGCCCGGUGAGGGGCCGGCCGGCGCCGACCUGGCUCCGCUGCAGCACGCUUGCAACGUCGGUGCAAUGGCGUUUCUAACGUGGCGUGCCGCGCUGGCGGCCCGCGUGAGCCGCGGCGUCAGGCCGCCAUGCCAUCGUGCGUGGGACCCGUCUAUUUUGGUCGCCUGCCGGUGCCCAUUGACGAGCGUAGAAGGGUGCCAGCGGGCAUGCAAGUGUGCUCAUGAGAAGUACACCCUGCUUGCGCUGUUGGGGAGUAGGCGUGCUGUUAAAGGCGGCCGCGUGCAUCGUCACACAGUCGCGCACCCUUGGGGCAGCACUCAUGACAGGCCCCUAGAAUACGGCUGCUUCUGUCGGCGGACUGCUGCCUCUUCGUGA